AUGUCUGUACGAAUGGCAAACGAACGUGUAAAAGUUGGAGGGUUAUAUAUUUCUAAAGUUUUAUUCAAUUUUGUCAAUCAAGAAGUUGUACCAGGUACAAAUAUAAAUACUUUCUCAUUUUGGACGGGUGUUCAAGCAAUUAUUAAUGAAUUUGCACCUGCUAAUCGUGCUCUUCUGCAAAAACGAGACGAUCUUCAAGCUAAAAUUGAUGAAUGGCAUCGAACAUAUAAAGGAAAACAUAAUGAUAUUGCUGCUUAUAAAUCAUUCUUAUUUCAAAUUGGUUAUUUAUGUCCACGAAAUGAUGCUGAUAAUUUUCAAAUAAGUACAAAUAAUGUAGAUGAUGAAAUUGCAAAACAAGCUGGUCCACAAUUAGUAGUUCCAUUAAUGAAUGCUCGAUUUACAUUGAAUGCAGCAAAUGCUCGAUGGGGUUCACUUUAUGAUGCUUUAUAUGGAACAGAUGCUAUAUCGGAAAAUGAUGGGUGUGAAAAAACAAAUAAAUAUAAUAAAAAACGAGGUGAUAAAGUCAUUGCAUUUACACGUAAGUUUCUAGAUGAAACUGUUCCAUUAUCAAAUGGUUUAUCACAUAGUAAUGCUAAGAAAUAUAGUAUAGAAAAUGGAGAAUUAAAAGUUAUUUUAUUGGAUGGUACUAUUGGUAAAUUACAAUCUCCUACUCAAUUUCUUGGUUAUCAAGGUAAUGCUGAUAUGCCUACAGCUAUUCUUCUUGUACAUCAUGGUCUUCAUAUUGAAAUUCAAAUUGAUCCACCAAAAAGUCGAAAUGAUCCUGCUGGAAUCAAAGAUGUAAUCGUUGAAUCAGCAUUAACAACUAUUGUUGAUUGUGAAGAUUCAGUAGCAGCAGUUGAUGCGAAUGAUAAAGUAGAAAUAUAUCGAAAUUGGCUUGGGCUAAUGAAAGGUACUUUAGAAGCUCAAUUUAGCAAAGGUAAAGAAACAGUAACACGAAAAUUAAAUCCUGAUCGUACAUAUAUUUCUAAAACUGGUACGAAUUUAACAUUACCUGGUCGAUCACUUCUUUUUAUUCGUCAUGUUGGUCAUUUAUUAUAUACUGAUGCUAUACUUGAUAUAAAUAAAAAGGAAAUUCCUGAAGGUAUUCUUGAUGUUGUGAUUACAACUUUAAUUGCUUUACAUGAUAUCAAGAAAACAUCAACAGAAGAUAUAAAAAAUAGUCGUACUGGUUCUAUUUAUAUUGUUAAACCAAAACAACAUGGUCCAGAAGAAGUUGCUUUUACAUCACGUCUUUUCUCACGUGUAGAAGAUAUUCUUAAAUUACCACGAAAUACACUUAAAAUGGGUGUUAUGGAUGAAGAACGUCGAACAACAGUUAAUCUUAGUGCAUGUAUUCGUGAAGCAAAAGAUCGACUUGUUUUUAUUAAUACAGGAUUUCUUGAUCGAACUGGUGAUGAUAUUCAUACAUCGAUGGAAGCAGGUCCUGUUGUACGUAAAGCACAAAUAAAAGAAGCUAAAUGGUUAACAGCUUAUGAAAAAAAUAAUGUUGAAAUUGGUUUAAAACAUGGUUUAACAGGAAAAGCUCAAAUUGGUAAAGGAAUGUGGGCAAUGCCUGAUAUGAUGACAGCAAUGAUUCAACAGAAAAUUGCUCAUCCGAAAGCAGGAGCAACUUGUGCUUGGGUACCAUCACCAACUGCAGCUACUCUUCAUGCUUUACAUUAUCAUCAAGUAGAUGUUUUUGCUCGUCAAAAUGAUAUAGCUGCUGCUUCUUCUUCAACUUCUUCAUCAAAUGAUUAUUUAGAUGAUUUACUUACAAUUCCUAUUCUUAAUACGAUUCCUUCAACAGAAGAUAUUCAACGUGAAUUAGAUAAUAAUGCACAAAGUAUACUUGGUUAUGUUGUUCGUUGGAUUGAUCAAGGUAUUGGUUGUUCAAAAGUACUUGAUAUUGAUAAUAUUGGAUUGAUGGAAGAUCGAGCAACAUUACGUAUUUCAAGUCAAUUAAUUGCAAAUUGGUUACGACAUAAACUUGUUACCAAACAACAAAUAAUACAAACAUUUCAACGAAUGGCACAGGUAGUUGAUAAACAAAAUGUUGAUAGUCCAGAUUAUCGUCCGAUGGCAUUGGAUUUUGAUCAUAAUAUAGCUUUUCAAGCAGCACUUGAACUUGUACUUGAUGGAGAUAAACAACCAAAUGGAUAUACGGAACCUAUUCUUCAUCGUCGACGACGUGAAUUCAAAGCUCAACAACAACAGAAACCAACAUUGCCACUUAUUAGUUCUCUUUAA